AUGGUCCUCUGGAAGCUCACCUUGACAACAAUUCUCGCAUUCUUGCUGGUCAUCCCUAACGAGAAGGCACUGGCAACCGCGUCUGGUCCCAGGCACAAAUCAGCUACUGCUUUAUCUCUUGAUCAUACUUCUACUGUAGUUGCUGCAAGUCUAGCUGCAGCUCCAUCUAUCGUCUCGGCCGACAAUACACCGUCAACGCAUAGUCUUGAAGCCAUUACUACACCUGUACCAGAUGAAAUUCGAAGUGCUGCUUUGGCUGAAGCUCAUAUUGAUGCUGUAUCUCGUCAUCUUGAAGCUGGCCAACAAAAGCUGUACGAGCAAGGUUAUUCUGAAGGCUAUUCACAUGGAUACGGUAAAGGACGAGUCUCCUCACACGACCGAAUCGUCUCAUUCUACGGCUCUGGUUACUUGCCAGAUGGUACUCCUUGCUCUGGUCUCUGCACUUGGAAGACAAGUGACUAUGAUGCAAGCAACACUCAUGAACGGGAUAGUGGUCAUAAAACUGCAGAGAAGAAGGUUGCUGAAAAGAAAGAGAAGAGCCGUACUGAUUCUCAUCCAGAUAAUGUGCUGGGUCCUUUGAAGGUUGCUGGGCAUCAGGGUCUAUAA